AUGCAGGUCCUCAUGUCCCCAGUUCAUCAGGUCCUCAGGUCCCCAGAUCCUCAGGUCCCCAAGUCCCCAGAUCCUCAGGUCCUCAGGUCCUCAGGUCCUCGAGUCCCCAGGUCCCCAGGUACUCAGGUCAUCAGGUCCCCAGGUCAUCAGGUCCCCAGGUCGUCAGGUCCCCAGGUCCUCAGGUCCGCAGGUCCUCCGGACCCCAGGUCCUCAGGUCCUCGAGUCCCCAGGUUCUCAGGUUCCCAGGUCCUCAGGUUCCCAGGUCUCCAGUUCAUCAGGUCCCCAGAACCAAGAUCAUCAGGUCCCCAGGUCCUCAAGUCCUCAGGGCCAGGUUCUCAAGUCUCCAGGUCCUCAGGUCCUCAGGUCCCCAGGUCUUUAGGUCCUCAAGUCCUCAGGUCCAGGUUCUCAGGUCCCGAGGUCCUCAGGUCUCCAGAUCAUCUGGUCCCCAGAACCCAGAUCAUCAGGUCCCUAGGUCCUCAUGUCCCCAGGUCCUCAGAUCCUCAGGUUCUCAGUUCCUCAGGUCUUCAGGUCCCCAAGUCCUCAGGUCCCCAAGUCCUCAGGUCCCACGUCAUCAGGUCCUCAGGUCCCAGGUUAUCAGGUCCCAGGUCUUCAGGUCAUCAGGUCUUCAGGUCCCCAGGUCCUUAG